ACCUGUUUGUAGCCUUGAUCUUUGUACCACAGACUUUAAUUAGUGAAAUCAAAGUUUAUUAUUUUCGAAAAUAAUUUCGUACUUACUUAAUAAAAGAGAGUAACGAUUGUUUAAUUCAUAUAAGCUUUACUUCAGUUUUGCAAAAUGACGGGUUCCGCUAUAAAACAAAAAAGAGAAACGUCUGGCUUUUCUAAAGCUUAUUUAAUUGUAUACAAUGUUGUACAGACAUUGGGCUGGUCAUACUUACUUUUUCAAGUUGUCACCUAUUAUGUAAGUUUAAAAUCAGCCAAUAGUUUAUAUGAAACAGUAAAAUGGACAGUUAUUAUUUUUCAAAAUGCCGCUGUUUUGGAAAUUGUUCAUGCAUUUUUAAAACUUGUGCCAUCUAACCCAAUAGUAACACUUCAACAAGUUUUUUCACGAGUAAUGUUAGUAUGUGGUGUUUUGAUGGUUACUAACGAGGGAAGAGAUUAUUUUGGAUUGCCAUUGGCAUUGUUUGCUUGGUGCAUUACUGAAAUUAUUAGAUAUGGUUUUUAUGCCUUAAACCUUAUUGGAUUUGUGCCGGAUUUAAUGAAGUGGUUAAGGUACACCACAUUUAUUAUUUUAUAUCCUGUUGGCGUAACUGGUGAAUUGCUGUGUCUUUAUGGAGCCUUCAGAGAAGUCUCUAGAAAUAGACUGUGGUCUGUUGAUUUACCAAACUUUAUAAAUUUUAGUUUUCAGUAUGAUUAUUUUAUCAUGCUUGUUAUGUUGCUGUAUAUUCCAUUGUUCCCUCAACUAUACUUACAUAUGUUUACUCUCAGGAGAAAAGUACUUGGUGGAGUUAACAAAUUUCCAGAAAAUAAAACGAAAUAAUUUAAUACAGGUAUUUAUAGGAAGAGAAAUAUAGCGGGAUGGUUUUUUAUAAUGGGGUUUCCAGUUUUUAUUGCAUGGGUAUUUUGUUACUGAGAUAUGAGACUUUUUUACUAAUGUUUUGUUAUUUUUAUGAAAAUAAAAAAGGAAUAUUUAUCAAAAUAG